GUUUUGUGAUGUUGCUGAAACUUCAAAUGUGACUCGAGUUUUCUUGGUUGUGACGGCAGCUGAAAUUCGUAAAUUAGACAAUACAUUUGCUUUUAUAAAGUAAAAGCUUGCCUAAUAAAUAGUUUAAAAUGAUGUGGCUCCUGAUUCAACGUUCUUUACACUGUUGGAAAUUUCAAAAAGUUGCACCAUAUGCAUAUGUCAGUUCAGCCAGGUCUGGUUUGAUCUCGUUUUCAACUUGGAGACAGAACUUUUCCACCAGUAAAAGGAUUUUUAAAACGUUUCAAAAAAUAUUUUCAAAGAAGAAAAAUCUGUCCGGAAAGAAGUUAAAAAAUAAUUCAAAAUUAUUUGGUGGUCUUUUAUGUUCAUGCCUAUUAUCACCAUUGAAGCUAUCUGUAGUACAUUGUGACAGUCAAGUCCUGCCACAUACCAGAAUUGUUGGCAUUAACAGUAUCGAAAAUUUACACCAAGAAGCAAAAUUUGACUGGAAAAAAUUCUUGUUGCUUGUGAAAAGUGAAGUUUAUUACAUAAUAUUUGCUGUUGUUAGUGCUCUUGUUGUUGCUUAUCUCAACAUACGAAUUCCUAUUGCUUUGGGGGAUAUAGUUAAUGUGGUGUCUUCAUUUACAUUUGAUCAAAUGUAUGGGCAGGAUGCUGCAACUUUUAUAAGUGAACUCCGAAAACCUGCCAUCAAUCUCAUUUACAUGUAUCUUGUACAGAGUUUGUUUACUUUUGCAUAUAUUUCUACACUUUCUGUAUCUGGUGAAAGAGUUGCACGCAAUAUGAGAAGAGAGCUGUUUUCUUCUGUUAUUGAACAAGAUAUUGCAUUUUUUGAUGCUCAUAAGACUGGAGAAAUUUCUAGUAGAUUGACUAAUGAUGUUCAAGAAUUCAAGAGUUGUUAUAAACUUUGUAUCUCUCAAGGUUUAAGAAGCAUUGCUCAGACUGCGGGCUGCAUUGUUUCAUUGUAUUUAAUUUCCCCAAAAAUGACUGGUUUAAUGGUUUGUAUUGUUCCAGUUAUUGUCUUAACUGGCACUUUUAUAGGAAGAAUUUUAAGGCAGAUGUCAAAGCAUGCACAAUCUCAGAUUGCUCAGGCAUCUGCUGUUGCUGAUGAAGCAAUUGGAAACAUAAAAACUGUUCGUUCAUUUGCAAUGGAGGAAGCUGAAAAGAGUCUGUAUGAUAGCCAAAUAGAUGAAGUACGAAAAUUAAAUAGCAGAUUGGGCAUUGGAAUUGGUCUUUUUCAAGGACUGACAAAUCUUGCGCUAAAUGGCAUUGUGCUGGGGGUUUUAUGUGUUGGUGGAACUUUAAUGUGUACAUCAGAGAUGACUCCUGGGAGUAUGAUGGCAUUUCUUGUAGCUACGCAGACUAUACAAAAGUCAUUGGCUCAUCUUUCACUAUUGUUUGGACAGUUCAUCAGAGGCUUAGCUGCUGGUGCUAGAAUUUUCCAAUACAUGAAUUUAUCCCCAGAAAUUCGUUUGAGAGGAGGGUGUGUGUUGGAAAAAGAAUUGAAAGGUGAAGUCAAAUUUAACGAUGUCUAUUUUACAUAUCCAACUCGACCAGAUCAGAUUGUUUUGAAGAAAUUUAAUUUAACAUUGCCUCGUGGAAAAAUGGUUGCUUUGUGUGGUUCAUCUGGUGGUGGUAAAUCAACUGUUGCUGCUCUUUUAGAACGAUUUUAUGAUGUGAGUAGUGGAAGCAUAACAAUUGAUAACAUUGAUAUAAAAUCCUUAGAUCCUAGUUGGGUUCGUGGAAAACUUAUUGGAUAUAUUGAUCAGGAGCCUGUUCUGUUUGCAACAACUAUAAUGGAAAAUAUUAGAUAUGGGAAACCGGAUGCUUCAGAUGAAGAAGUCAUCGAAGCAGCAAAAAUGGCAAAUGCUCAUGGUUUUAUUAGUCAAUUUGUGGAUGGCUAUGAUACAAUGCUUGGUGAGCGUGGAGCUACUGUGUCUGGUGGGCAGAAACAAAGAAUUGCUAUUGCAAGGGCACUGUUGAAGGAUCCAAAAAUUUUAAUUCUUGAUGAAGCAACAAGUGCAUUGGAUGUUGAAUCAGAAAAAGUUGUUCAGGAAGCCCUGGAUUAUGCUGUUAAAGGUCGCACAGUUUUAGUAAUAGCUCAUAGGUUGAGUACCAUUCAAAAUGCAGAUUAUAUUACUGUCAUAACAAAUGGAGUAGUAUCUGAGAUUGGAAAUCAUGCAACCUUAUUCAAUAAAAAAGGAUUAUAUUGGAAUCUUAUAAAAAAACAACAAGUAGAAAAUGAAGACAAUUCCAGCAUUGAAAAUUAAUGAUGAAAUAAUAUCUGUGAAAUGAUUUUAUAUUUAGUAAUU